AUGAAGGAGCCGGAUGCCAUCAAGCUGUUUGUGGGGCAGAUCCCGAGGCAUCUGGAGGAAAAGGACCUGAAGCCCAUCUUCGAACAGUUUGGUCGGAUCUUCGAACUGACUGUCAUCAAAGACAAGUACACCGGGCUGCACAAGGGAUGUGCCUUCCUGACAUACUGUGCCCGCGAUUCAGCCCUGAAGGCCCAGAGUGCCCUGCACGAACAGAAGACGCUUCCAGGGAUGAACAGGCCGAUCCAGGUCAAGCCAGCUGACAGCGAGAGCCGAGGAGAAGACCGGAAGCUCUUUGUGGGGAUGCUAGGGAAGCAGCAGACAGAUGAGGACGUCCGGAAGAUGUUUGAGCCUUUCGGGACCAUAGACGAGUGCACUGUGCUCCGGGGACCAGAUGGCACCAGCAAAGGCUGCGCCUUCGUGAAGUUCCAGACCCACGCGGAGGCCCAGGCAGCCAUCAACACCCUUCACAGCAGCCGGACCCUGCCGGGUGCCUCGUCCAGCCUGGUGGUGAAGUUUGCUGACACAGAGAAGGAGCGAGGUCUCCGCCGAAUGCAACAGGUGGCCACCCAGCUGGGCAUGUUCAGCCCCAUCGCCCUCCAGUUUGGAGCCUACAGCGCCUACACCCAGGCUCUGAUGCAGCAGCAGGCGGCCCUGGUAGCGGCUCACAGUGCCUACCUCAGCCCCAUGGCCACCAUGGCUGCCGUGCAGAUGCAGCACAUGGCUGCCAUCAAUGCCAAUGGCCUCAUUGCCACCCCCAUCACCCCAUCCUCAGGAACCAGCACCCCUCCUGCCAUCGCUGCCACACCCGUCUCUGCCAUCCCUGCUGCCCUGGGUGUCAACGGCUACAGCCCAGUGCCCACCCAGCCCACUGGGCAGCCUGCCCCUGAUGCUCUGUAUCCCAACGGGGUUCACCCCUACCCAGCCCAGAGCCCCGCGGCCCCCGUGGACCCCCUGCAGCAGGCCUAUGCAGGGAUGCAGCACUACACAGCAGCCUACCCAGCAGCCUACAGCCUGGUUGCACCUGCAUUCCCGCAGCCUCCAGCCCUGGUCGCCCAGCAGCCCCCGCCACCCCCUCAACAGCAGCAGCAGCAGCAGCAACAGCAACAGCAGCAGCAACGAGAAGGCCCUGAUGGCUGCAACAUCUUCAUCUACCACCUGCCCCAGGAGUUCACUGAUUCAGAGAUCCUCCAAAUGUUUGUCCCUUUUGGCCACGUCAUCUCAGCCAAAGUCUUUGUUGACCGGGCCACCAAUCAGAGCAAAUGUUUUGGUUUUGUGAGUUUCGACAAUCCGGCCAGUGCCCAGGCUGCCAUCCAGGCCAUGAAUGGCUUCCAGAUUGGCAUGAAGCGCCUCAAAGUCCAGCUAAAGCGGCCUAAGGAUGCCAACCGGCCCUACUAA